AUGUCGGACCAGUCGAGAAUGGAGCUGCUGGAGCAGGAGAUCGCGACGCUCCACCUCGCUCUCGAGCAGAAGGGGAUGAACACCAAGAUGACCAAGGAUGUCUUUGGGCGGACCUUUGCUGUUCCCGUCGACGAUGAGCACAAGGCGACCCUGCUGUUCCCAGUCAUGUUCAACAACACCUUCCCCUACAUCAUCCCCAACGUCGCGCAGCCGCACAUGCGCGCCUUCUGGGCAGCCACGUUUGGCUUCUUCUCCACCUUCUUCUCCGUCUUCGCCCCCGCCGCACUCAUGCCCACCCUCAAAAAGGACAAGAGCGACGGCGGGCUCGAUCUCACGCCACAGGACAUUGCCGACUCGGGCGCCCUGGCCGUCUCCUUCACCAUCAUCAUGCGCAUCCUCGCCGGGCCGCUCUGCGAUAAGUUCGGCGCGCGCUGGACUUUCUUCGGCCUCCUCUGGAUCGGCAUCCCCGGCAUCGUUCUCCUCGCCUUCGCCGAGGGCGCCACCGAGCUCAAAGCGGCGCGCGCCAUCAUCGGCCUCUCGCUCGCGUCCUUCGUCACGUGCCAGGUGUGGUGCUCGCAGAUGUUUGCGAAGAGCAUCGUUGGCACCGCCAACGCCACCGCCGGCGGUUGGGGCAACCUCGGAGGUGGAGUCACGCAGCUCGUCAUGCCGCUGAUCUACGAGGGCAUCCUGCAGUCGCAGGACCAGGACGUGGACAAGUCGUGGAGGCUCUGCAUGAUCGUCCCCGCGGCGCUGCACGUCAUCUCCUCCCUCUGCGUCAUCAGCGGCCAGGACCUCCCCGACGGCAACUACCGCGAGCUCGAGAAGUCGGGCGCCAAGAACAAGACCUCGGGCUGCAAGACGGCCAUGAUCGGCUUCUCCAACAUCAACGCGUGGAUCCUCUUCAUCGGCUACGCAUUCUGCUUCGGCGUCGAGCUCACGAUGAACAACAAGGGCGUGCUCUACUUCUACAAGUACUACGGCGUGCCGCAGCGCAUGGCCGGCAUCUACGGCUCCAUCUUCGGGCUGAUGAACAUCUUUGCGCGCUCGUGGGGAGGCAUCCUCUCCGACACGAUGAACGCGAAGUACGGCAUGCGCGGCCGCAUCUGGGCCAUGUGGGUCAUUCAGGCGCUCGAGGGCCUGAUGUGCAUCAUCCUCGGCCUCAUCAGCAUCAGCAAGCCCUCGCCCACGCGCAUGUACAAGGACCAGGCGUCCCUGGGUCCGUGGACCGGAGGGUUCUCGGGCGGCCUCACGGACGUCUCAUGGACCAAGGCCAAGGGUGCCGGCGACUGCUCGGUCUUGGAAUCCUUCCUCGCGGGCAAUACCGUCGACUGGGCAGGCGAGGGCCUCGCACCGUACACGUGCGCACCCGCCAACGACGGCGACGGCAUGUGGGGCCAGUUCAACUCGACCCUGGCGCCGUCGGGCUACCCCUACACCUAUGGCCUUGGCGGCCCAGAUGGCUACCCCUACACCUACACCAUCACGGCGCAAAAGGGCGCGUGGGAUUAUGACGAGAUCGGAGGCGGCUACUUUGACACGAACACCAACGAACAAGUCCCCGGCAUCGGCGGCGUCUGGCUCAACUAUGGCACGGCCCAGGUGGCCAAGGUGGUGCUCCCGACCGUCGAGCCCUUCAUCAUGGUCGGCGACUACGGGUACCGCCCGGAAGGCGACGAGUGCGUUGCCAACACCGACGGCCUGCUCGGCACCGCCCUCACCGUCAUGGUCUUCUUCUCCAUCUUUGUCCAGAUGUCCGAGGGGUUGCACUUCGGUAUCGUCCCGUACGUCUCGCGCCCGGCCCUUGGCGUCGUCUCGGGCAUGGUCGGCGCGGGCGGCAACCUGGGCGCCGUGAUUGGCACGCGUGGCAUCAUCGCCCCCGACGUCGACGUCGACGCGGGAUUCAUCAUCCUCGGAGCGGUCAUCAUGGCCACCUCGGUCCUGUUCUUCGGGAUUUACUUCCCUGAGCACGGCGGCAUGCUGUUCAAAAAGGGCGCCCUCGGCUCGUACGACCCGCAGCUGUACAAGCCCGACGACGCAGACCGCGGCUCCGACCAGAUGGACUACUCCGCCGCGGCCCCAGCGCAGAAAACGAACCGCGCGGUGGAAGCCGAUAUGUAA